AUGCGGAAGGGCUCGCUUGCUAUUAUCCUGCUCACACUCUAUUCAUGCGCUUUUGCCAAGCUCGACAAAAGCGUGUAUAUGGAUGCCGAAGAAUACGCCUUCCCUGAAUUCAAAGAACUUCCAAGGGAAGAGUUUAAAGCACAGCCAGAAUAUUUUGGGUGCAGGCUUCCCAAAUCAGAGCUUCAAACCACAUUGCGCCAACCCUCGAUUUGCGGAAAUGUUGGGUGUCUUCCGGCACCAAAAAAAAUAUGCCCAGCUUCUCCUCUUCUCCCUCCUGCAUGUGUGAACAAAACUACCACAACCACUAAUCCACCUCUCCUUGUUUGUCUUUUGCCUUCGCAACCGCUACCCCCAAAGCCCUCCAUUUGCACAAUGACAAGCAUUUUCACCGGACCCUGCUCGCCUAAUGCAACCAAAUCAAACAAUACAACCCCGGAAAAGGCAAUAACGCCAACUUCCACAACGACAACGGCCGAUCAAAAGGGCAUCAUUCCACUAGUAAAGGCUCUUUUCCUACCCAAGCCAACCACCACCAAUAUCACCACGUCGUCCACGUCGAGCGUCAUUGCGGACGAAAAGAAAAACAGUAUGGCCUUCAAAUGCCCCACCAGUAUAUAUGCAGAGCCGGCCUCCAUUCCUCCUGCUGUAUAUGAAAUCCUUUCCAGAAUUGCAAAGGAGCGUACCUGA